AUGAGGCGAUCCUGGGAGAGGAAAUGCCUGAGCAACGGGCGGAAAAGCGCAGCGUCAGCACCGGCAUUCGCUUGUAGACCGCGCCUGAGAGGCCUGGAGGAGCUUUGGAACCUGUUUUCACAACUGCAGAGCCUCCUGGGGCCGCUCCUUGACAAAGGUGACUUUGGUCAGCUCUCCGGUCCAGACCCCCCAGGUGAGGUGGGCAAAAGAGCACCUGAUGGAGACUCCCGGUCCUCUCAUGAGCCUAUGGAAGAUACUGCUCCCAUGCUUUCCCCGUUAGCUUCCCCAGAUCCUCGAACCAAGCAUCUGGCCUCCACCCCAUCACCAGGCCCAAUGACCACCUCAGUCUCCUCCCUAAGUGCCUCCCAGGCACCAGAACCUUCCCUUCCCCCAGAAAGCCCCUCACCUGAGCCACCUGCACUUUUCCCUCACCCACUACACACCUCUGAUAGUCCGUCUCCUCCGAAAGCUUUCCCUGCUCCUCCCCUGCGGGACUCCACUCUGAUAAUUCCAUCUCACUGUGACUCAGUGGCACUUCCACUGGGCGCCGUCCCUCAAAGCUUGUCUCCGUGUAAGGAUUUGACGGCUUCUGUCCCAGCUAUCUCAGGCCUUGGCGGCUCAAACAGUCAAGUUUCUGCCUUCUCCUGGUGGCAGGAGACUACCAGAACCUGGUGUGUCUUCAACUCAUCAGUCCAGCAAGAUCAUCUUUCCCGCCACCCACCAGAGACCUGUCAGAUGGAAGCUGGUAGCCCGUUUUUACUCAACUCUGAUGGCCAGAAUGUCAUGGGUAUACAAGUCAUAGAAAGAGCCCAAGUCAACAUUUCGGAGGAAAAAGAAAACGAUGGAUCAUUUCCAAAACAAAUGAGCCCAGAAAAGCACUUGAAUUCUUUGGGGAAUUUGGUUAAAUCAUUGGAUGCUGAGCAGGACCCCACAACCCCAAAACCCUUCUGGAACAUGGGCGAGAACUCGAAACAGCUGCCCAGUCCUCAGAAGCUCUCAGAUCCUAGGAUCUUGCAGGAAAGUUUUCAGAAGAAUUAUAGCCAGCUUUUCUGGGGCCUCCCCUCUCUGCACAGCGAAUCCCUGGUGGCUAAUGCCUGGGUCACUGAAAGGUCUUACACUUUACAGUCUCCUCCUUUCUUGUUCAAUGGAAUUUCCAAUGUCUGCCCAAUUCAAAGGGAGACUACAAUGUCCCCACUGCUUUUCCAGGCCCAGCCCCUGUCCCAUCUGGGGCCCGAGUCCCAACCCUUUAUUUCAUCCACACCCCAAUUCCGGCCCAUACCUAUGGCUCAGGCCGAGGCUCAGGCCCAUCUUCAAUCCUCUUUCCCAGUCCUGUCUCCUGCUUUUCCAUCCCCGAUUAAUAACUCUGGAGUAGCUUGCCCUGCAUCGCAGAAUAAAGUGCAAGCUGUCUGCCUACCUGAAACUCAGCACCCUGAAUGGCCUUUGUUGAGGAAACAACUAGAAGGUGGGUUGGCUUUACCCUCUAGGGUCCAAAAAUCUCAGGAUGUGUUUAGUGUCUCCACUCCUAACCUUCCCCAGGAAAGCUUGACAUCCAUUCUGCCUGAGAACUUUCCGAUCAGUCCUGAACUCCGGAGACAACUGGAGCAACACAUUCAAAAGUGGUUCAUUCAACACCAGGGCAACCUGGGAAGGAUCCAAGAGUCUCUGGAUCUGAUGCAGCUUCGGGACGAAUCGUCAGGGACAAGUCAGGCCAAGGGCAAACCCAGGCCCUGGCAGUCCUCCACGUCCACAGGCGAAAACAGCAAGGAGGCACAGAAGGUGAAGUUCCAGCUGGAGAGGGACCCGUGCCCACGUCUGGGGCAAAUUCUGGGGCAGACCCCGCAAAAUCUAUCCAGGGGCAUGGAAAGCUUCCCAGGGAAGGUUCUGGGGGUGACCUCUGAGGAGUCAGAAAGGGACUUGAGGAAGCCCUUGAGGAGUGACUCGGGAAGUGAUUUAUUAAGACGCACAGAGAGGAAUCGUAUAGAAAACGUCCUGAAAGUCCACGUCGGCAGGAAGUUGGGCCAGAUGAACGAGGGCUUGAUCCCCGUGAGUGUGCGUCGAUCCUGGCUUGCUGUCAACCAGGCUUUUCCCGUGUCUAACACCCACGUGAAGACCAGCAAUCUAGCACCCCCGAAAAGUGGGAAAGCCUGUGUGAACACAGCCCAGGUGCUUCCCUUCCUCGAGCCGUGUACGCAGCAGGUGCUGGGAGCCCAUAUUGGGAGGUUAUGGGCCAAACACAGGUGGGGUCUACCCCUCAAGGUCCUCAAACCCAUUCAGUGCUUUAAACUGGAAAAGGUUUCGUCCUUGUCUCUUACACAGCUUGCCGGUCCCUCCUCAGCCACCUGUGAACCUGGGGCUGGCUCAAAAGUUGAGGUGGCCACGUUCCUUAGAGAGCCACCGAUGGCAAGUCUGAGAGAGCAGGUGCUGACCAAAGCAUCUGACAUGCCAGAGAGUCUGCUGGCCUCUUCCCCUGCAUGUAAGCAGUUCCAGAGGGCCCCGCCGGGGAUCCCAUCUUGGAAUGAUCAUGGGCCCUUGAAGGCUCCUCCAGCUGCACAGGAGGGCAGGUGGCCAUCUAAGCCCCUCACAUACAGCCUCACAGGCAGCACCCAGCAGAGCAGGAGCUUAGGAGCCCAGUUUUCAAGGGCUGUGGAGACCAGGGAGGCAGUGCCACAACCCAGAGUCCCCUUGGGAACCCGUAUGCUGGCAAACCUCCAAGCCACAAGUGAUGAUGUGCGUGGUUUUGAGGCUCCAGGGACCAGCAGAAGUUCUUUACUCCCUAAAAUGUCUGUCUCCCAAGAUCCAAGACAGCUGUGUCUUAUGGAGGAAGUUAUUAGUGAAUUUGAGCCUGGAAUGGCCACGAAGUCAGAGACCCAGCCUCAAGUUUGUGCCGCUGUUGUGCUCCUUCCAGAUGGGCAAGCGUCUGUUCUCCUCCAAGGUGGGCAUAGCAGUGACAGCGGAGCCAGGAUCAGCAGGAGGGUCAGGGACCUGGAGCAGAGAGCACCCCCGGUCCCCCGGGAGCUCAGGAGAGUGUGGCACAGAGCUGGGACCCUGACCGCUGAGGAUGGCCCGGGCCUGGCUGCUGCCGGUUCCCUCAGGAAACCAAGAGGCGAGUUCUGGGAUGUGGAGGAGCGGGAUGUGGUGCCCACGGCUCAGGCUAGGAGAAGGGCCACGGGCAACGCUGAGAGACCAACAAGAACACAGGAAGCCGCAAGCCCUGAGCCCUUCUGCGGCUCAGUCUCCACGAGGUGCAGCAAGGCCAGCAAUGGAGAGGCCCACAGAGACCUCCCGCAGGAACCUCACAGAGACCUCCCGCACAGAGUCAGCACGCUGGGACCUCUCUCUGCCACACAGAAACACACUGCAGCCUCCGCAGAGACCCCACGGAGCUCUCAGAGACCUCGUGGUGCCCCACAGAGACCUAGCACAGAGAUUCCCAGAGUCCUCACCCAGAGAACCCCACAGAGGCCACACUGA